GUUUUGCUAUCUAUAGAGGAAGGAUAUUUCUCUGUACGAACAACAAUGCUAUUUACAUCUUGAAGAAAGGCUACAGGACGUUAUCACAACGCUUUGAAAAAAAUCCUUCUCUUUCCAAUUUGCAAACAUACAAAACGUCAUGUAUCACUAUUAUAAGCUAAAAGUCUUAUCCUAGUUUAUCACGAACAGUUCAUAUUAUAGCAUUGGUACCAGUGCGGAAAGAGAGGGCAUCCGCUAGCGUUAGCGUGGAAGCUAAAGACUCGGAAAGUUAGUCGAAAAGAAACCUUCUACAAAGUGUUUUCAUUUUUGAUACCUAAAAUUGACUAUCUUCUUUGCUCUCAAAGCUGUUUGUUUUCUCAAUGGACAAGUUGGUCUUAAUGGUUGAAGUCUGGAUGACUUUGGUGAUCAUUUUUGGCAGUGAAAAAGUAUCAGGUACUGACUGGUUUAUUUCAGAAGAGAUUUUUCACAUUUGAUGCAUUAUAAGCUCAAUCUUGAUCUGACUCUCAAUGACCGUUUAAUUUAGUUAUUCUGGAAUAUCGUCUUGAAUAAUUGACUGAUUGAUAUUAAGCCAUUUUGCAUUUCUGAUAAUGAAGGACGAAAAAUAGGAGAUCAAGCGCGAUUAUUUGUAAGACUGUUGAAGGGCAAAGAAAAAGUGUUUAUGUGAUCCAUGAGAAUGCUUAUAACAAUCACUGCGACCGUUUUACAGGGCUUUAAAAAGGAGACGUAUUCAUGUUCAUUUCCUGAUAUUUAUGCGAUCAGUUCUGUCUAUUGCUUUGUGUACUGAAGCCUUUUGUGUAAUCCGCGUCACUUGAAAAUAUUAGCAGCAGACUGUUAACUAGCCUGUUCUAUAGUCGUUCAGAUAGUGGGGAGCGAGUUAAUCGUACCUGGGAAGCGGAAAACGAAAACGAGGAAAAACCCGAGGUCCACUAGCCUGAAUUUCAUCCGAUUACUUCGAGUUGUUAUUACUCCUUCGGUAACGACGUUACUUAGGGAGCAAUAACGACUCGAAUUAAUAGGAUGAAAUUCAGGCUAGAGCUCCACUCGUUUUUUGUUUCCACCUCAAUCAGUUUUUUCCCCCGUUCUACUAUCUGAAAGCCUGGGACCUGCUUACUGUUAUUCAGCGCGACGUCUCAGUACAGUGUGGAUGAUCAAACUAAUUUUCGCGGCUCGUUGGCAGUGGAGGUAAAGCAGAGGUUCUUAGGUUCUUGUAUUUGUGUCUUGGCGUUGGAAUGGAGAAAUGGUGGGAGACUGAAAACGGUAUAUAUGUAUGCGUCGUCUUAAUUAGAUCUAUAUAUUCCAUCGAAGGCUCCGUGCGCAUGCCUUUGGCUCGUUCUGCCUCCGCUGCCGAUUGCUUAGUCUAUAAUUUAGCCGCUCGUUUCACCUCGUUUAGUUCGGCGGUGGAUUGAAACGAGCCAAACGAACAGUAGGUGGUUAAUUAGCUUGGUGUACUGUAGUUUAUCAGAGUCGCUACAGUGCACAAAACCACAAGCCAAAUUUGUCUGAGCUGCGGGUAGAAAUUCUAAUUGUAGUUAUAGGUUCAGAGGUAUAAACCAGCCGGAAAGAGUACCUUUAUACGUUUAAAUUAGGAAAGUCAUGUAAUUUAAAACAAAAUGUGAUGCACAGAAGCGGAGAUUUGGAUUAAACUAACGGUCAAUUUGAAUAUUUCUACUGUGUAUACUGUGUUUGCCAUUACUAUUCGAUGAUACAAACGUGUUUGGCGAUAGAACUGUUAUGGAGUAAAUCUUGAUUAAGUUUAAGGCGCCGAAUUUCAUCUUGAUCGCCGCUAUUGCCAUUGUGUGAACUAGCUUAUUUUUUGUCGAUUGAGCAAAAUUAGAGUGCUCUGAGGGACAAACUCGGACAAAACUAUUAAGACAGUUCCGUCUAUUCUAUAACUACCAUCUCCUCUAAACAGAAAAAGUAAGACCCCUCUCCACCCCCUUUUCAAAGUUGUUUUGGUCUAAAAACCAACGUGUAUAAUUCUCGUGUUACCCUAGACAACAUUGGAUAAGGUGAGGGGGGAACACUGGCAUUUAGUUGACGACGGUUUCCCUUUUUCACCAGGACUACAGAAAAAAAUAGGUACAUUUGCCAUGUGUCCGUAAAAGGUUUUGACCAAGGUUGGAUCUAAGUUAGAAAAACUGUAAAGAAAUUGUGCCGCUGAACUUCAGUGUAUUAUUAUGUUGGUUUUUUGUCUGAAACCGACAGUUUAAGGAAAAUUAAGAGAGAUGUGUUAUGUUAUAAAGAAAUUUGACAUCGCUCUAAAUUUUGUAAUUUCUUCUGCCCAGUGCAAUCAUAAAUUAAGCUGACAUUGCUCUCACUAAGCUUGAAAAGGUCAGGAACAUGGAUUUACUAAAUUUCUGUUUUAGCAGAUGCUGAAGCAUGUUGGAUUUCCUACGAGAAGAUUGGAUGUUUUGAGGAUCACGGAAGUCGACCUUUUCCACAGUUAUUACUAAACAAAAGAAAAAUAAUCAACUGGGAAAACUGGAACGAGUUCCUUGAAACGUGAGUGCACUAAUAAGUCAUUUCUAUAAUUAAAGGUACCUAUAAUUUCAGUCCGCGUAACUAACAAUAGUUACGAUUGUAAUACAGUUGUUAAACCACAUUUCAUGGAAAAAUAAACUCAACCAGGGGCCGAUUAAUGAAUCCGAUAAUUUCUCCAUGCUUUCUGCCAUUGCUGAUGUCAAAGAUUUCUUCAGAACGCGUAAAAGCAUAUGUAAAUCGGAGCAUGAGCAUAGCUGUGCUCUGAUUGGUUAUUACCAAUAGGGCGUGACAAAGUUUCGGCGAAAAUCAUUUCUAUAAAUAACCUAAGACGAGAAAGGCUUUACUCAACUCGGCUCUUGACUCAACCCGGCAACAAAUGAUGUCACCUUCGGGACGAACCCCUGCCACACUGAGGUGAGUCCUCUCACCGCUUUGCAAAAAUCAGUUUUUGAUUCGUUCCGCUCGCAGGUUGGUGUGCGAGUGCGCUAACGUAACUGCUGCCGCUGGCUACACAUAUUUUGGUAUUCAGUUCUUUGGCGAGUGUUGGACAGGAGAGAACCCGGAUGUGGCAUACGAUUCUGGUGGAAAAUCAAAUUCUUGUUUUGGUCAAAAUUUUCUCCCAUGCGAUGCCUCCUUCUCAAGCUGUGCAGGAGAAGAAAACGUGAACUACGUUUAUAGGAUUAAUUUGGGCCAGUCGUCUCCAGGUAAAUUAAUAACCAUGUAUAAACGUAAAAGCAAGUGUUCAUUGAUUUUUGUACGGAGUGUGUCACCCCUUCGUUUUAAUGAAGUGAUUUUUAAGGACGGUCGUUACUACGUAAAGGUCAUUACCCCCUGAAAAUUGUUUGAUUUUAAAGUAAAUUUUCUUCAUUAGCAUAUAGAAAAAUGAACAAAGAUUAUUGCAAAAAAUAUAAAUGCUGAUAUUAUGGUCUAUAUUUUUGAGCCCUAAUGUCCGGAGUCCAAUUCGGUCUGUUAUCAUACAGCAGUGAUUACGUGUAAUCAUAAGGGCGACCGCAUAGCAGGAAUCCGGUAUGUUCAAUCCAAGCUUGCAUGAUUAUAGACCAAAUUGGACGACAAGAAGUCCGUUUCCAAUACGCCAUUUCCGAGUUCUUCCGGGCCUCAGUAUCAAAACGAGGUUAAGUGCUCAGCCUUUGAUAUGGAAAUGAUUUUUCAUUCUCAUACAAGUAAAACUCAAUUCCACAAGAAAGGUUGUGCACUUGGCCUCAUUUUGAAAGUGAGGGUUACUUAGUUAUCGGUAUAACAAAAUUUGUGAUAUUUUUUACUUUUUUGUAAAAGUAAAACACAAGAAACUCCCAGAGAUUUUUGCUAGCAGUGAAAAAAAAAAUAAACAAACAAACAAUAACAGCAACAACAACUAUAGAAAAACAACCAAAAAAACCAUUCAAGUGCGAGCGAUGGGGCUGUCCAAUACUCAGGUAUCAUGACCCGUACUGAGUGCUAAAAUCGGGACAGUUGAUAGCCAGUCAGAUUUAAGAAUUUUGUUAUUGUUAUGAUUAAGGAAAAAAAACAUCUCAAACGCGAAUUAAAUAGAUUAACUACAUCCUCUUCUUUUCUUUGUAGCUUGUGAAGACAUAGAUCCCGGCAAAUGUCAAGAGUUUCGACUCUUUUGCAACGUUUACCCGAAUAUCAAAUCACAAUGUCCUUUGACUUGUAAUUCGUGUGAAACUACAAGAAAUCUUCAAUGA